GUCGUCGGCUGCAUGCGUGAGGCAUACAAAUGUAAAGGAAAGUUAUCAGUACAGCGUGUCACAACGGCUGGGAGCUUGUUGCUGGGCGGAACGCUAAAUUGGCGGAGUAGUGAAAACACAAUAUAUAGCCCACGUACUUAACAUGAUAUUAGAUUCUUUCUCAAAGACCGACGUGACCGUUGGAUACCUACGCUAGGAGGGUUCUCAGUCCACAAUAGCGGAAACAACCGGCGAGAGAGAACCAGCAGUGACGAUCGGAUUGUUACAACACAGGGCGGCGUACUCACGCAGCGGGCUCUGCUUUGUCUCUUGGCACGUACCCUCCUGUGAAGGUCACGUGCAUUCGCAGCUGAAUAUUGUACCAACAGCAGCAUCUCUGACCGAAGUCAUGAGGUAAAAUAUCACUCGAUCAACACUUUCAACUCCUCCACUGAUGAUAAAGCUCGGUCCACUUGUACUCGACCAUCUUGCCGAUCGCCAUUGAAGCCAGGUGCAUGGGGUACCACGGCUGCUAUCACCUGACUGUUUGCUUUUUGAUGACGUGAACAACAACAUCUCUGACGUCACGAUGUUGUGGAUUAAAAAGCGCCACAAGGAGGCUUAUCUCUACCUCGGCGUUUUGCUGAUUCUAUUUCUCGUGACGUGUUUCCUCAUCCACCCGGACACGAUGCAGAUCCUUUCCAAGUCCAGAUCUUCAAGAUUAGACUUGGGGAGAAAUUUACUGAGAGAUUCUCACAACCAGUGGAGACCAGUACGUAUGUUGAGAGACAUCCGCAGCACCACGGCCAAGCCGCUCACAGACACCGACAAACUGCACAGAAUCGCCGGCCUGCUGGGCUAUGACCUCACGGGGAACAAGAAGAGGGACGACCUGGAGUCUAGAAAAAUGAUCAAUGACAUCUUAAACUUGAUAGAUGAUCACCAGAGACAGGGUAAGGACGCGAGGGACACUGUGGACAUGAUCUACUCUGUGGUCAGAAGUGUACAGGAGGAGAAGAAUGGCGAUGACCUUGGAGAAGUCAUGAACAACAUGAACGUGUUAGAAAACCUGCUGCCCAAGAGACUGGACAAAGUGAAGAUCGGGACGUAUCCCUUCAUGAGAGACGCCAGGCGUUUGCCAUCGGAAUGCCCGUCCGGGUUCCACAGCAGAGCAGAGCAAUCUGAUUGGUUCAGGGAGAGGUAUGUGGAUGACGUCAAGAUGUUGAUGGAUUUGAGUGACGUCGAACCGAGGAACUUUUUGGACCUGCAGUUCUACUCACUACCGUUCGGGUACAAGAGGGAGAAUAAGACACUCGUUGACAGCAUAUUCCAUAACAUGGACCAUAUUGGCGUCUACCGCGGAGUAAGAAAGCAGUGCCUGAGGUGUGCUGUGGUCGGAUGCGGAGGAAUGUUAAAGGGUUCCCGGAAAGGAGCUGAAAUCAACGCACAUGACUUAGUAUUUAGAGUGAAUCACGCCAGGAUCGACCAGCAGUACGUAGAAGACGUUGGGAACAAGACCGACUUUUACGUCUUCUUCCCAGAGUCGGAAGACGUUAGACGGGUGGCCCACCAGGACCCUAUUUAUUUAUACGUGCCAUUCAAGACGUACGACCUGGAGUACAUCGAAGGGAAAAUCGUCCGAGAUGUCAUCCCGAAAAUGUGCUCUAAUAAGACGGGAAAGUGUUGGAAACUCCGGAACCCACCAAACGUGACGUCACACAACCUGCGGAUCGUCCACCCGGACUUCAUGCGGUACGUGUUCGUCAACUUCCUGAACGGGACGGCGUACCGCCCCACCACCGGCGCGCUCACCGUGUUCCUGGCCGUGCACAUGUGCGACGAGGUGGACCUGUACGGAUUCGGCUUCGACAAGAGGUUCUCUCUCCACUACUACGACGAGAAAUUCAAAAACUACACGGAGUGGAGAACCGGGGCGCACGACAUCGACAACGAGAGAUAUCUCUGGCAGAAACUGAACGAACAGAAGGUUAUAAAAUGGUUCAAAAGAUAGCAGCGCUGAUUGUGCAGCGACCUAGUAUCCAAGCAGAUGUAAGAGUGGACGAUAGUAACGUACGGGCUUCACUGACAGCCAGUUUGUACAUGUAGUGAUGAAGGCAUAAGUCCCCUUACGGAUCCAACUGCACAUGCGCAUUUUAAAGGAGAUAGCCCCUGAGGCAAUACACGCAUGUAGAUUGCUAAGCAAACGGACCAACGGAGUCUAGGCAUUUAUAAAGCAUAGUCGAGACCUGUUAACAAGUCAUGGACCAUCACCUUUGACCUGCGCAUGCGCAGUUGAAUUCGUGAAAUGGCGUAUAGACCGCUAUGGGUGGAACACAGUUCUUGGCACACAGCAUUUCCUGCUUUGCUAUACUGUCACAGAAUAUUUAUCAUCAUAGUUAAUAUUCGGUUCGUCUGUAACCACAACUUGAUCAGAGACAUUGAGGGAGUUGAGUCAGAGAAGCCCAGAGGUCAGAAAACUUUACAAUCUUCCACUCAACAUCUGCUUGAAGAUUAGAGCAUCCAUCUCAGAAUUCCUGGAGAACAUGAAGAAAGUUCCCCUCCCCAAUAUCUUCUCAUGAAUAUUAACAGCUCCGAACUGUAGACAGAUGCUACUAGCCAGUUCAAAUCUGUGAAUAUGCCAUUUCUAAUGUACGUACGAUUUGUGGACGUACUUUAUAGUUAACGACUUCAACGUGCCGAAAAUACAAGAUCUUCUCAACCUAUGAAAAUGAAAUACCAACCAGUGUACAGACAGAAUUGCGCAAGUCUUUUUUUUCUGUCGAGCUUCUCCGUAAGGUUAUAUUGUUUUUGUUUACAUAGUUUAUAUGACACGGUGUACUUCACUUGUGUAUGAUAUAGAUAUCCAGUGAAUUAUAUUUACUUCGGGAAAGGUUUUGGUGAUCAAUUUUCAAGUCGUAUACAGAAACGUCAAGAAUCUAUUCCUUUCUUUGGUAUUCUGUACAAUAAAAGUCUUCUCGGUAUUACUUAACGAGUGACAGUUACAAAUGUUGUUGGCAAAAUUGUAAGCGCACAUUUAGUCAAUUUUCAAGGAGAUAUGGAUCAUUUUUGAAUGUAUUUUCCAUUUACUUUAUGAAUGGUGUACCACAUUUGUACUUCUCAAUCCAUGUCAGGUUCCACCGCCAUGUUCCUUGGAACAAAAUAGAAUAAAAACCUGUACGCCUAA